GCACACUUCCAGGAGGAAGAGGAAGAGAGGAGAAAUGAGCAUGGAAAGGAAGUCAGUCGGUCUACAGUCAGUCGGUGAGCAUGGCAGCGGACCGUGAAGCCAAACUGCAGCUGGUUCACAGACACAUCCGAGCUUUUCCAGACUUCCCGAAGAAAGGCAUCCUGUUCAGAGAUAUCUGUCCUAUUCUGAAGGAUCCGGCCGCUCUGACAGCAGUAACCGACCUGUUUGAAGAACAUGUUCGGAAGAAUCAUCCGCAGGUUGAUCUGAUCGUCGGUUUAGAUGCUCGUGGUUUCCUGUUUGGGCCUCUGCUCGCCCAGCGGCUCGGUGUCGGCUUCGUCCUGGUCAGGAAGAAAGGGAAGCUGCCUGGACCCACUUUGUCUGUGCUUUAUGAUUUAGAGUAUGGGAAGGCGGAGGCAGAGAUCCAGGAUGACUCAGUGGCUCCAGGACAGAAGAUUCUGCUCAUUGAUGACCUUCUGGCCACUGGAGGGACUUUGUAUGCAGCCUGUGAGUUGAUGAAGAAGCAGCAGGCAGAAAUUCUGGGCUGCAUGGUGAUCAUCGAGCUUAAAGAGCUGAACGGCAUCGAGAAAGUGAAACCACACAGUCUGUUCUCCCUGAUUCAGUACUGAGGACCACCGUGCUGCUAAAACCAACCCUUGACUUGUUUAGAAACACCAAACAAGACACUACAAUUCUGCUAUUUCACUGUUUUAAAAUUAUAAAUGAUUUUUUUAAUUCAACAUAAAUCUGUUGAUGCUCUGGCUGAAUGGGCUGGAACGCUACCCAGAGCUCAGUUUCCGUGGAUCCUGAAGGAGUCUUAAAGUGUUUGAAUGUGUAAAAUAUGAAUGCAUGCUGGGAUCAGUGCCUGCACCCAACAGGAAUCACAGGUACAGAGGGUGGAUGGAGUGAUACUAAUUUAACAUAGCAUUUUAUGUGUUAUCUGUUGCAGACUGACCAAAAACAAACAUUUCUCCUCCAAUCCACUGUUUUUAAUUUAUUUAAAUUUAUUUAAGCACACACUGGUGGGAAAAUAGGAACACUCAAAACGGUAAAAAGCCAAAUGAAACAAAUUAUUACCUCAGUUAAGGCUAUCAGUUUUAGUUUGUUUUGUUGUAUUCCUCUGCUGGCCUGUGUUCAGCUUGUCAUGAUUUUCAAGACUGCUUAAUUUUUGUUUACAUCUUUGUGUUCAUGCCACAUUUAAAUAUAAUACAUCUAUGCAGGAAAUGACAUGCUCAGACUGACAAUGUGAUUAUUAAGGGUAUUCUUCAUGUGUGUCUGUUUAAACUUAAUCACACAUUUUAAAAAUAAAAAAGAUCUGUUUUCCAGACUGUGUAUUAUCUUUGAUUGUAUAAAGAAAGAUGCCAUGACAGCUCCCCAAAAGUGAACAUCUGGAUCCGUCCCUGGUGGCUGGCUGCAGUAUAGAUCAUAAACAUCGCCGAGGGGGGCUAAAAAAAACAUACACAGAAAAUAAAUAAAAUUACCCUUUGUUGUUCUUAUCACGCUGAUGUUCAGGCGUUCAUUUUUCUAAUCAGUUUGGUUUUAAAGGUGCAGUGUGGAGGAUGUAGGAUUGAUGAGGAUUUAGGUUUUUAUUACUUCACAACUCUUUUACAUCUACAGAGGCCACCAUGUCAAACCACCAUGCUUCUAAGUGAGAAACUAAAGUAACAAAGUAAGAUAUUUGUAAAGCAGAAGACAUUUAUCAGGGCAUUUCAGCCCAUGUGUUCCACCUCUUUUGAACUCCCUCCAACAUGAUUGGCUAAUACUACUAUUGGACUGUAAACACAAGCUAGAACAUGUUUAAUGCCAAAAAGAUGAAGGCUAGAUUAGAUCUGAUGCAAACAAUGGAAACACUUUGAUAACCAAACACUACAGACACAUUUUAGUCAGUAUCCUAACAGUACUGCAGUUGAAAGCCCCGGACAGAACGAGGUCCAAUGUGUAGGAUUUAGUGGCAUCCAGCUGUGAAAAUGCAGACUGCAAUCAACUGAAUACUGCUCACUUCUCACUUUCUUUUCUAAGUUUGUAGAAGAAACUACAGCGGUUAUUAAACUCACAGAAGGCCCUCUGUAGAGCAGGGCAGUUUCUUGCUAUAUGCAGACUUAAUUAAAUUGAAUUGAAUUAAAAGACAGGGAAGUGAGACAGCUGUGUCUUUAUUUGUAGCCAGGCAAACCCCCUCAUUUGUUGUGUGAAGCACUGCUAAGCUGCUAUGAUAGGGAAGCUGUGACUGUUUGUGGGGUAACCAUGUCAUUCACUGAAGUGAGGAGAAUAACUGACACCAUUAACAAUUGCAUCAUGGCAUAAAAAUAAUAACAUGAUAGCUUUUGCUGAUUUCUGUUGAUGUUGUGCAGUGGCCUCAAAUGUCAGACUUGUGCUACUACAUACCACAAUCACAGAAACUGAUCCAAAAUGGUGCUGAAGGGGUUACAGUGUUACAUGUAAAUGUUUCUGAAACAAGUAUUAUUCUUACUAGUUUUUUUUUUGUUUGUUUGUUUACACAUUAAUAUGGAGGCUGGUCCAUUGUAUUUGUAUUCAUUUAAGUAAGUGAAGUUUUCUUUUUUUACUGUUUUGGAUUGGUGGGGAGAGUUUUUAUGUCACCUUGUUUUCCAAGUUUGAUAAACAUUUUUCAAGAACAUGCUGCAUCUGUUGUAUCUAUUAAUGUACUUCUGCCUGUUUUCCUCUUAAAAUCUCUCCCUCAGAGUUUGACCAAACAGCUAGACACAGCCCUGCUGUGACACACUGGGCCGUUGAAUGCAUCAAAUUGAAUUCCAUUCACAGGCAGAGAACAAACUGAAGCCCUAGUGACUAGAACACGUGCAUAUUUAAUAAACUGAAUUUAUAGAAAAUAAAAAUAGGAGGCAGCAGUGCUCUGACAAAUGUUUGUAUUUCUUAAACAUGAUCAAACAUUCAUCAGUUCUACAUUGUAGAAAACAGAUUUGUUAAAAAGACAGGAGGCAGACCUGCACACACCAAUGUUACAACUUCAUAAUAAAAAAACAAAAAUAAAAAAACUCUUCACUGUAACAGAACUGUAGUUAAAACAGCCCAUUUAGCACAUAGCAGUACCAGAAACAGGUCUGAUCAGUCCCAUGUGGCCUCGGGUCCCGGAGCUGUGCCUAGAUCAAUGUGUGCCUUUUUUCCACCCUGGAGCCAGGUUAGAACACACACACACACACACACACACACACUUUUAGACAUGCCUGCUACCAAAUAACCAGUGACAUCGCUUAAAAAAAAAAAAAAAAAAAA